AUGGAAGAAGAGCUUUUCAAUUAAGCUGAAUUACUUGGAGCAGCUAUUUGGGCUUUAACUAAUAUGAUGGCAAAAGAUUCUAAAAUAACUACUUGUAGAGCUAUUUAAACUAAUGGAAAUGCUUGGAAAAUGAUUUAGAUUAAAACUGAUGGAAGUUUUGAAAAAACGAAAAUUUAUUAAGCAAAAGGCGAUUAGUUUAAAAAAAUAUAUAGAGAUGUAGAAUGUUAAGGUUUGGCUUUAGGAAUUAUUAAAUUCGCACUUAAUUAAAUGAGUGAUUAGGAAUUGGCGCUUUAGAAAAUUUACGAUUUUAUUGAUGAAAGAAUGUAUUUGACUGAAUUAGAUGAAGAGACUAAAAGGAAAAUUGAUAAUGUUUAAAAAAGAUAUUCAUUUUUACCAAAAUUUAUUAGAGAUUAUAUUAUUUCUUAUAAAUGA